AUGCAGACUUACUUAAAGGACCCAGUCGACCGAGAACAACAAGGAUCCAUAAUGAAAUGGAUUGGAAAGAGUCUGGUCAAUCACUCAGAUGCACUAUCUGUAAAGUCGAAGGACACAACAGACGUAUCUGUCCUCAACGUGCAUCUUCUUCUUCAAGACACUAAUCUUAGGAUAAUGGAUCCUGGUCCAGUUGAUGAUAGCCAUCUAUAUCUACAGGCGACCCAUAGAUCACAGAGCAUAUGGGAUACCUCCUCCACCGUCGUCUUGAGUUGUCGGAGGAGAGAGGCAGCGUCUCAGCGCACCAUCCCCUUCGACCAGCGUAUUGCACCCUACUUAGAGGCUACUGGAUUCCUCGGGGUUUCCCAGGUUGGGUUCAUGCAGUUAGAUUGGCAUUUAAUUACUGCAUUGGUCGAGCGUUGGAGACCAGAGACCCACACAUUUCAUAUGCCAUGUGGGGAGUGCACGAUCACCCUGCAGGAUGUUGCAGUACAGUGGGAGUUGCCAGUGGAUGGGGAGCCUCUAACAGGAUCAUUAAGGUAUAAUUGGAUGCUUAUCUGCAAUGAUUACUUGGGAGUCGUAUCGCCUGACAUGAAAGGUCAGCGAUUGAGUCUUCCGUGGUUGGCAGAACAGUUCGAAGAAUUGCCACCAGAUGCUGAUAUUGUGAGCGUUCAGAGAUAUGCUCGUGCCUACAUCAUGCAGUUGAUUGGGGGCUUUCUUUUCGCUGAUAAGUCAAACAACUUGGUCCACUGUAUGUUUCUUCAAUUCUUAUUUGAUUUUGACCAGGCCGGUACGUAUGCGUGGGGCGCUGCGACUCUCGCAUGGUUAUAUAGGGAACUCUGUCGAGCGAGUAAUGCACAGUCCUUAGAGAUCGCUGGCCCAUUGAUGUUAAGUAUGGGCAUACGACAGAUUCUCCAUUAUAGCUCCACAGAGAACGUUGCAGCAUUCAGAUGGUCGACCUUUGAGUUUCAGAUGGAGCGGUGUUCAAGCUGCAUCUGAACAGUCAGGGAACAUGUUGCUCAUAUAUCGAUGGACAUUUGAUCGGCUGAGUCGGUCUCAGGUUAAAUAUUAACCAAAUG